AAAUACGAAUCAUGUGAAAUGAAGGGUUCAAACAUAUGAUAGAACCGAAUCAUAUAAAAGUCACCGCUGCUUAAAAAAGUCAUGAGGGGGUUCACAAUAAAAAGGCCCAACGUAUGUCUUGCCAGACCAUAUAUCAAACAUAUCUUUCUUUACAAGUCUUAUGGCCUCAGCUUUACUUAGAAGCAAAUCAGAUUCUACUUCAUUUCUGGAACCAACUAAACACAACUCCAGAUUAAUAACAUGUUUGGGAGAUCUGAAAACUACGUCAUACGGCGAGGGAACGUACUUGACCCGAUCUCCGGUUUACAGAACCCCCCAGAUGGCGGUAGAUGAGCUCGAGCUGACCGAUGAACCUCAUCGGUCUGAUGGUUUCAAGAACAAAGCUGAAAAGAUUGUUGGAGAUGAAGUAAAUGUUAAGAUACAAAAAACACUUACGCGCUUAACACUCCGUGACCCAUGCAAUCUCAUUCAGUUUUGGUCACCUUGUAGAGCCGGGAAGUACAAGUUACUAAAAACUGUAGAUCAACCUUUUGGCCUUGGAACACUCGAUGAAAGACUUUAUAACUACAGGAGGGAAUCAGAGCGUAAGAGGUUUCGUGUGGAUGAGGAGUGCAAAGAAGUAGACCUCGUCCCUGUUGUACGAGUAUUUAGAUGCCAAUUUCCCGAGUGGACUCCUGAUGUCACCAAGUACUACUCGAAAAACCAUCCGCUACGAGAUUGCGCUAUUCGUGGGGAUCUUCAUGGAUAUCUGGUUUUGCCGGUGUUUGAUUCUCUUACCAUGUCAUGUGUUGGUGUACUUGAAUCCAUCACAUCUUCUAGAUAUCUUGAUUGUGCCUAUGAAGUUCAAGAAGUUCAACAAACCCUUAAGGCAGUAAACCUGACAUCACCACAAGCAUUUGAUUUCCCUACAUCUUAUGUGGCUCGGGGGUUUAAAAGCUCACAAAAUGAGCUAGAUGAAAUCUUCAAGAUUUUGAAAGAUUGUUGCUUCACUCACAAGUUACCACUUGCACAGACGUGGAAAGUGUCAUCGGCGAGUAGCUUUGUGGCAACCGAAAGAAACAUAGAAAUGUCAUGUAAUAGCUUUAACUUUAGUUGCAUAGGGGAAGUCUGCAUGUCAACAACCGGUCUACCAUUUUACGUUCAUGACUUGCGUGUUUGGCACUUUCGAGAAGCCUGCCGAGAGCAUCACUUGAUAAAAUCCAAGGGUGUUGUUGGGAGGGCAUUGUCAUCUCACGGUUCAUGUUUUUGUGCAGAUGUAACCAAACUAAGAGAAGAUGAGUAUUCUUUGGUUCACAAUGCGCGCAUGAGCGGUUUAACUAGCUGCUUAGCCAUCUACUUGCAUAGCAGGGAACAUGAUGACAGUUAUGUGUUGGAAUUUUUUCUACCAGUUGACAUGAACAAUUGUGCAGACUCACAAAAUCUGGUGCAAAAGCUGAAGUUGCAAGUUAAAUCUUCUUCUUUCGAUGUUGGCACAAAGGAUAUAUCUAUGGAUGAUGUUACAGGCAAGAAUAUUGAUGUGGUUACCGGAGAAAAAGGAGCAUGUACUAAACAAAGGCGAAAGCGCAAAAUGGAUUCUAUUACACCAGAGAACAUUAAGCAAUAUUUUGGAAAGCCAAUGGAGGAAGCAUCCACGAAACUUGGUGUUAGCCGUUCUACACUGAAGCGUGUUUGUCGCAAGUUCAAUAUAGCCAGUUGGCCAAUACCGAAUCGCAACAAGAAAACUGUCCGGUUUGGUAUAUAUGUUGCUGUGUUUCUAUUGAUAAGGGUUAAGCGGUGGAGUUGUUCAAGUAAUCAUCAUGGCUUUUCAGCAAGGUGGUGGAUUUGUGGCAAGCAUAAUUCUUUUGUAAUUUCUAGAUUAAACCCAUCACCCGAAGGCGAGAUGAUUCGCAUGCUACUUUCUUCUUCACAGCGGUUAAAAGAGGUUAAAGAACCAGAUGAAUCCACAGAGACAGUGACUCCCUUUUCCAAGCCUCCAGGAGCGCGUUUUGGUAUAUACUACGCAGCGAGGUUACUUCUAGGCGUGAUACGCUGGAGAAAAAGGACUGCGAUACAGCAUACAUCGGGUCGCAACGAUUAUAAGUUUGUUGAUGGUCAGAUGGUCCAGAUUUCAGAUGCUUUUGAUGUGUUUCAUGCAUCAGCAUCCCCAAAGAAGAAGGUGGCCAAAGUCCUAGAUGAAUGCAGAAUGGUGACAGUUAAGGCAACUUAUAAAGAUGAUAUGAUAAAGUUUAGAAUCCCUAUUUCAUCAGGACUGUUGGAACUGAAAAACCAGGUUGCUCAAAGAAUUAAGUUGGAAAAUACAAAACUCCAUCUUAAAUACAGGGAUGAAGAUGAUGAUCUGAUACUCAUUGCUUGUGAUGCAGACUUCCACAACCUUGUGUCAUUAUCCCCUACUUCCGUUAGUAACCACACUAUAAAAUUAAUAGUCCAGAUUGCUAGAAAGUAAUAUAUAAGGGGGGACGGCGCGCCCCGUGGUGAUGAACUGUUCACGCGUGGAUCGUUGUGAAACACCGCCACCACCCUCCUCUAUAACGCGUGGAAUGAUAUAAGCGUGAUAGUGAGCACGCGUGGUGAUGUUUGUGGUGGUGAGUUGUUUUUCAAUGGUAGAUGUUUGUGUGGUGAGUGAUGGGCAUUUCCACUAAAAUCCAUCACUAGUGAUGGAAUAAAGCUCGAUGAUGUGACGAAACUUGAUUGAAUGUUGUGAGUGAUUAGUGUGUGGUAACUGAUGAGUGCCCCUACCCCCUAAACACUAGCAGUGGAAGAAAUCCAUGAAUGCACAUAGUCAUUCUAUAUGUGGGCGAAUAUUCUUAAUUUAAUUUGUGUGGUUUUUUCACAUGUAUUUUUGAAGGAAAAAAUGUAUUUUGAUUUACAAUCUGGCUUGGUUUUAUUACAUAUGUAGAUGUGGAUAUUGAUUUAAAAUUUUAAAUUUUGUUGUACUGGGAUCA